AUGGAAAUGUCAAAAAUAAUGGGAGUAUCUGAAAAGAUUGCAUAUACACUAGAUAAGACACCUCCAAAAGAGGCUCCUGUUAAUGCCACUCCUGAUGAGUUGGCAAAGCUUAAAAAAUGGUCGGACCAUAAUCUUCAAGCAAUAUGUUAUAUGAUAGCUUCAAUGUCAAAUGAACUGCAAAGGCACGCAAUUGUCAAGGAGCUCAUGAUGGCUAGUAUGCGAGAUGGGGCUUCGGUCCAUGAUCAUGGGGUUAAGAUGAUUGAGCUUAUUGAAAAGUUAUUGAACCUUGACUUGGUUAUUCCACAUGAGCUAUCGACAGAUAUUAUAUUAUUGUCUCUCCCCUCCUCAUUUGACAAUUUUGUGGUCAGCUUCAAUAUGAGUAAGCUAGAGGCUACUUUUGAAGAGCUAGUGAAUAUGUUUGCAAAUUAUGAAGCAACUAUGAAAAAAGAAAAAUCUAUUUUCCUUGUGGGUUCAUCUUCUGGAUCUACGAAAGGACCCAAGAAAAAGGGAAAGAAGCAUUUUGCCCCUAUGAAGAAGAUCAAACCUAAUAAAAAGACAAGGCCCACAAAGAUUAAUCAGUCAAAACAUGUUUGUUUCCACUGCAACAAGCCUGGACAUGAGAGGUGUAAUUGCAAGGAGUAUCUUGCUCAGAAGUAUUCUAGCAAAGAUGAUGACAAGAAGUAA